GAUUACUCCCCAUCGGAAACAAAAUAGAAACAUACAUCAUACAUAUACAUGUAUAAUAACAUAUAGAAUAUUUCGCACCUAAUUUGACUGCUGUGCCACGACUACCUGGCCUGCCCGAUCGGCAUUAUCCCUUCACCUCCUCCUCCAGCCAGAGGUUUAAUUUCGUUAUUCGGCGAGCAGCGGAAAUUUUCAACCGCCCCCACAUACUAUACUAUAUAUAAAUCGAAGCGAAUCCUUCCCCCCCGCCGACCAUGUCAUUGGAUCGCCUUGAUUGUUGGCCAGACCGGAGUUAGUUGGGUGUAAACUGAUGGAGCAGUGACUAUGCGCCGGGAUCGCAAGGAGUACGAAUCGAAGUCCGUCUAGAGAGCCUACCCAAGUGCCCGUUCGGAGCCCCGUUCCUUGAGAUUGACUGUGAUACCGUGCCGAACGGAGGGCAGAAUCCAGAGGAGGAGGACUGGGAGUGGAGACAUCGCAGCACACAUGCUGCUAGUGCGUCAGCUUUUCGGGGCUUCGGCCAACUCCUGGGCGCGAGCCCUUAUCAUCUUCGUCCUGGCCUGGGUUGGCCUGGUCUACGUGUUUGUGGUCAAGUUGACCAACACGCAGGGACAACAGGCCGCCGGCGAGAGCGAGCUAAAUGCCCGCCGAAUCUCACAGGCCCUCCAGAUGCUGGAGCACACGCGCCAGCGCAACGAGGAGCUUAAGCAGCUCAUCGACGAGCUGAUGAGUGACCAGCUGGACAAGCAGAGCGCUCUGAAACUGGUGCAAAGGCUGGAGAACGAUGCUUUGAAUCCAAAGCUGGCGGCCGAGGUCGCCGGUCCGGAACCAGAAUCCAUGUUCGAGUCGGCGCCGGCCGAUCUGCGCGGUUGGAAUAAUGUGGCCGAGGCAGUGCCCAACGAUCUGGAGGCAGGUGGCCCCGAUCAUGGCGAGUUCGAGCCCAGCCUGGAGUACGAGUUCACGCGCCGACGCAUCCAGACAAACAUCGCAGAGAUCUGGAACUUCUUCAGCAGCGAGCUGGGCAAGGUGCGCAAGACGGUGGCCGCCGGUCAUGCGAAUGCCGAUCUGGAGGAGUCCAUCAACCAGGUGCUGCUGCAGGGCGCCGAGCACAAGCGCUCGCUGCUGAGCGACAUGGAGCGGCUGCGCCAGUCCGACGGCUACGAGGCCUGGCGCCACAAGGAGGCGCGCGAUCUGAGCGACUUGGUGCAGCGGCGCCUGCACCACCUUCAGAAUCCCAGUGACUGCCAGAAUGCUCGCAAGCUGGUCUGCAAGCUUAACAAGGGCUGUGGCUACGGCUGCCAACUGCACCAUGUGGUGUACUGCUUUAUUGUGGCCUAUGCCACCGAGCGAACGCUCAUCCUAAAGUCCCGCGGCUGGCGGUACCACAAGGGCGGCUGGGAGGAGGUCUUCCAGCCGGUGUCCAACAGCUGCCACGAUGCGGGCACCGCCAACACAUACAAUUGGCCGGGCAAGCCGAACACCCAGGUGCUGGUGCUGCCCAUCAUUGACUCGCUGAUGCCGAGACCACCGUACCUGCCGCUCGCCGUUCCCGAGGAUCUGGCGCCGCGCCUCAAGCGUCUGCAUGGAGACCCCAUCGUCUGGUGGGUGGGCCAGUUCCUUAAGUAUUUGCUGCGACCGCAGACGCCGACGCUGGAUUUCCUCACGGCUGGCAUGCGGAAUCUGGGAUGGGAGCGUCCCAUUGUGGGGGUCCACGUCCGUCGCACGGACAAGGUGGGCACGGAGGCGGCCUGCCACAGUGUGGAGGAGUACAUGACCCAUGUGGAGGAUUACUACCGUACGCUGGAGGUGAACGGCAGCAGUGUGGCGCGUCGCAUCUUCCUUGCCUCGGACGAUGCUCAAGUUAUUGAGGAGGCGCGCAGGAAGUACCCGCAGUACCAGAUCAUCGGUGAUCCGGAGGUUGCACGCAUGGCGUCCGUAUCCACACGAUACACGGACACGGCGCUAAACGGCAUCAUACUGGACAUCCACUUGCUGUCCAUGUCCGAUCACCUGGUGUGCACAUUCUCGUCGCAGGUGUGUCGCGUGGCGUACGAGAUUAUGCAGACAAUGUAUCCGGAUGCGGCGCAUCGGUUCAAGUCGCUGGACGACAUCUACUACUAUGGCGGCCAGAAUGCGCACAACCGUCGCGUCGUCAUCGCCCACAAGCCGCGCACGCACGAGGAUCUGCAGCUGCGCGUGGGUGACCUCGUCUCGGUGGCCGGCAACCACUGGGAUGGCAACUCGAAGGGCAAGAACACCCGCACCAACCAGGGCGGCCUGUUCCCCUCGUUCAAGGUGGAGGAGAAGGUGGACACCGCCAAGCUGCCCCUCUAUCCGGGCGUUUAGUUGGAUGGCCAGCGUGCCCCCUCUCCUCGGCCAUGUUGUUGAUUGAUCUGUGAAUCUUUUCUGCCGCAUUCCACCUGGAGUUUCCAUGGUGCAGUUCGAUUCGGCUCGGUUCAGCAUCACCAGUAUCUAUCUAUCUAUCUAUCGAAUGUCCAGAAUCUCAAAUGAAAUCUCGCUCUUUUUGUAAUUGUCCAUUGAGCGCCUGUGCUCCUUGUGACCCUUUUUUCAUCGUGUUCUCGUCUACGCACUUUUACGCUCUGAUGGUUCCGAAACCGAAUCUUUUUCUUAUUCUGCAUUUGUACAAGUCUUUUAUUAAUAAGUAAGUCCAAAGCCGAAGAAAUUAUGUUGACAAGGAUAUACAUAAAUAUAUAUAUAUAAAUAAAUUAUAUAUAGGAGUGCAUGUAGGUUCACUAAGCGCAAUAUAGUCUAUCACCUGUAAAAUAGUUGAAAAAAAAACAAAACAAAACAAAAAUUGAGCGCAAAACAAACCUAAAUCUGAUUAAACUCAAGCGUCAAUAGUAAAAUAAAUAAAUAGUAAUGUUUUAAAAAGAAA